CCUUCCCCUUCCCCUCUUCGGUAAAGAAUUGUCUUCAAACAAUUCUUCUCGGUGCAACGAGUUCUAUACCACCAACUAGCAAGUCUACUCUGCCUUUUUUUUAAUAUAUAUUACUUCUGGUAUUAGUGUAUAAUAAUCUGAAUCUGAAUCACGAGGAACAACAGAUAGUGAGUGUGUUGGUGUGUGUGAGUUGAGAGAGGGAGAAGAGAAGAGAAGGAAAGAUCAGUUCUCUUUUCUUUCUUUCUUCUUCUUUCUCAGGGGACUAAUUCGUAGCAAAGCCUGAAUCACAUGGCUGACGAACCUUCCCUCACUCGAUGGACAUUUCAAGAUUUUAAGUUAUUUUAUGAUACGAAGUUUGGGAGGAAGAGAAUUCCGGAGACCAAAGAGGCGGAUGCGAAUGGACGAAUGGUAUCUGAUGGCGAUCCAUCAAAUGUGUCAUCUAAUGGGAAUGGACAUUUGAAGAACAAAUCUGACUUAGCCAUUUACGAGGAGUAUCAGAAUCAGGAUCCAAGGAGGCCGACAUACAGCAAUGGAGUUCCUUCUGCCGUAACUGAUGCACUACAGAGAUCUUUGCUUCCUCCUUUUGAAACUGCUGAGAUGCGUAAUUUAGCAGAAAGUUUGAGUAGGGAUAUUAUCCGUGGUAGUCCAGAUGUUAAUUGGGAAACCAUUAAAGGAUUGGAAAAUGCAAAGCGCCUACUCAAAGAAGCAGUGGUCAUGCCAAUUAAGUAUCCCAAAUACUUUACUGGACUCUUGUCACCUUGGAAAGGGAUUCUUCUCUUUGGCCCUCCAGGAACUGGAAAGACUAUGCUUGCAAAAGCUGUUGCGACAGAGUGCAAAACCACAUUUUUCAAUAUUUCUGCAUCAUCGAUUGUCAGCAAAUGGCGUGGUGAUUCGGAGAAGUUGGUGAAGGUGUUGUUUGAGCUUGCUAGACAUCAUGCUCCUUCAACUAUAUUUCUUGAUGAAAUUGAUGCUAUCAUCAGCCAACGAGGUGAAGCACGCAGUGAGCAUGAAGCAAGCAGACGUUUGAAAACUGAGCUGCUGAUACAGAUGGAUGGUUUGACUUGGUCAGAAGAACUUGUGUUUGUUUUGGCGGCAACAAACCUUCCAUGGGAACUGGAUGCUGCGAUGCUCCGGCGUCUUGAAAAACGGAUCCUUGUUCCACUCCCAGAACCAGAUGCACGAAGAGCCAUGUUUGAGGAACUCUUGCCAUCGAGCUCUGGUGAAGAGAAACUUCCUUAUGAUAUAUUAGUCGAAAGAACAGAGGGUUAUUCUGGUUCUGAUAUUAGGUUAUUGUGCAAAGAGGCUGCCAUGCAGCCCCUAAGACAGUUAAUACUGUUUCUUGAAGACAAACAAGAAGUCAUGCCUGAGGAUGAGUUGCCUGAGGUUGGACCAAUUACACCUGGAGACAUAGAGGUCGCUUUGAAGAACACAAAGCCCUCUGCCCAUCUCCAUGCACAUCGUUAUGAGAAAUUUAAUGAAGAUUACGGCAGCCAAAUACUCCAGUGAAGGCAAAGCUUUCUUAUGUUGAAAUGGAUUUAUUCCCUUGUUUUAUAUGUAUUUAGGAAAAGCUUGGUGCAAGGCUGGGUGAAAAUUGAACCAAAGUCAUUUUCCUUCGGGAGGGGUGGUGACUUGGCUAGUGCUUGCUGGCUCCUGUUCUUUUGUUGUUUCACUAGAAUUUUGUUCUUGUACAACUGUACAAAUCUAAACCUUCGAAUUUCAAAUCCUGUUUGGGCCAAGUUAAUCUGACUUGUUACUGAAUGUUCUGGCAUA